GGCAGGUUGGUGACGAACGAGUGAGAUCCACGGGACGGAAGUGCACAUGCCAACGCAUGCAGCUGCAGCUGCCACCACCGCUCCACUCCCCCCUGCAGCUUGUGUUUAUAUAAUCCUCCACCUCCGCGCACGUCUUGAUCUCCUCGGCGUAUAUAGAAUUUCUUGCCUGAUCCCUUUGUCGCGCGCGCCAUUUGGUGAUAUUUUGCUGAGAUUUGGGUGGUUUUUGUUACUUUGUUUGGUAUGGAGCGGCGGCAAUGCCACGGCAAGAACGCGCCGCCAACGCUGGCGCCGCCGCGGAGGGCGCGCGGCGGCGCGGGCGGGUCGUUCUCGGCGUCGCUGCUCGACGCGAUCUACCGUUCUCUGGACGAGGGAGGGGGUGGCGAUGGCGCGGGUGCUGUCGUCGAUGACGCGCGGCGGUCGGAGGCGGAGGAGAUGAAGGCAGCGGCAGCGGCAGCCGUGCCGCCGCAGUUCUGGUGGGCCAAGUCGAAGCAGGCGGCGGGCGCCGCGGGCAGGAGCCGUCGCGAGUCGGUGGCUCGCCCGCGGCACUCGGGGUACGCGUCGUCCACCGCCUCGUCGUCGGACGCGUCGUCGUCCAGCUACAGCAGCUUCACCUGCUCGUCCGCGUCGACCACCGACACGGAGUCGACCACGCACCGGAGACGCCACAGCCAGCCUCCGCCGCAGCAGCCGGAGGACGUCGACGCCGCCGCCGCCGCCGCCGCUGCCGCGCCACCGAACAGCAAACCGAAGAAGAAGAAGAAGAAGAGCCGGCCGUGUUUCCCUGGAGCAAGGCUGCGGCCAAGAGGCACAGUGCCGCCGCCACCGCCGUCGUCAUCCGGCCCGUCGCCGGCCACGUUCGCGUGCGUCGUCAAGGCGCUGUUCUCCUCGUCGCGCCUCCCAAGAAAGCCCAAGGCUCCAACGGCCGUCCCUCUGCCGCCGGCAUCGCCGCCGGUUCCGCAGCCACCGUGCAUGUCGGCGGCGGCGACGACGACGUCGAACACCAAGGCGUCGGAGCGGAGGUCCGUACGCUUCUGCCCCGGCGCCGAGACGUCGGUGGUGCGGCGCAGGGUGGAGGAGCUGGUGCGGAGCCUCGCCGAUGUGGAGGAGGACGAGGACGGCAGCGACGCGAGCUCCGAUCUCUUCGAGCUGGAGAGCCUCCGCGGCGCCGACGGCGACGAGCUGCCGGUGUACGGCACGACGAGCCUCGCGACCAACCGCGCCAUUAUAUUGCGCAGAGAGCAGCUUGCUAGUUCAUAAACAGUGGCAACUUCAAGCCAAAAAAGAAAAAAAAGUUGCAAAAAAACCAUAAAAUUUCUGCAAAAAAUGUGAAUUAUCUAUCUGCAUUCCUUGUGUAUCAUCUCAUCCGGUUGUAUUAUGUUUGUACUAAUUAAAAUUUGUGUAUAAUAAUAUAUUCAAAGUACAAUAAAA